ACCUUUGAUUCUUUACUUACAUAAUUUGUUUUAUUAUUGUAAACACAUCCAUACCCAUACCUUUGUUUCUUUUCUUGCUAUAUUUUCAUUUUUAUUUUGUUGAUCCUUUGCCUCUUCAAAAAUAUUCACGUAUGUUAUUCAGCAUGUACAGUAGAAACAAUUUAUUUCAAUUUAUAGAAAAUACAGAAUUGGUCUAGUGGACAAAGGAAGCUGGACAGCUAGCAGAAUCUUACAAAAAAGGUUAAUCAUAAGAGGGCAACCAAGUUGUCAAGAGGCAAAACCAUGCAUUAUGAGGAUUGAACUAAACUCUGUACAGUAUGUUUUGUCUGGAAAUGAGAACAGUGAGACUUGAUGAGCAUUGGGUUUUAUUCAUGUAGACAUGGCCUAAAACGAAGAUUACAAAUUACAAAAGUCAAGAUUCCACCUAAACAUUAGGAAGGUUUCAUUGACUGUAAAUUGAACAUGCUGCUAUAGAAGCAGUGGACUUGGAGAUCUUUGGCCCUUUUUUGGCAAUAUUCAAGUUGUGAAUUGCAACAUGGCUGGAGUGGUCGCUUCAGACUUUAUGGUUUUAUGAUUUUUUCUUGUAUUGCAAACUCUCAUUUCUAGGUGGUAUGUGUGUGGUGAAUAUUUCUCAUGAAGCAAAAUAUCUUCAGCUGGUCAUGCUUUUCUGUAAUAUACUGUUGCUGUAUAAGAUUUUUUUAAUUACUUGGCUAUAAGCCACAAGAAAACUAAAGAGGCUGCUUCCCUUUUAAUGUAGCCACUCUUUGGUUGCUUAGACUUACUGUAACUGCAUAUUGAAUGCUUUUCAAAGCUGGGUAGAUUAAAUUUAUAAAGCAAAGCAAAUUAUGUUCAAAUGAUUUGUCUUGCUUGGAUGAAGUUCUUCAUUUUGGGAUUAACAUGCCAUUUUCUAUGUGAUUUAAUAGAUUAUGAAAUAGCUCUAUCAAAUAAGUAAUAGUUUCCUAAUCAGUUCGUUUGUCACAUCUUUUGCUACGGAUGCCACUUAUUCACGAUGUUUAUCUCAACCUUUUCCUAACGUUCUUAAUGGCGAAAUUAUACAAAAAAUUACUGUGUAGUAUUACAUAUUUUAAAAAGACAGAAAAAGAACAAAGAAAAAGUGCUAUCUCCGAAAUUAUUCAUAAAUAAUUACAUAAUAGCUGGUGUUCUUUUGCAGUGAGGUAAAAAAUAAUUGUUUCUCUCAUGUUCAAGGAAGGAAGGAAGGAAGGAAGGGUCAUUUGUUCCAAAACACUUUAACUAUUCUGUCUUGUCAUAGUUCCUUCUCUAUUUAAGCAAAAAAAAAAAAAAAAAGGUUGUAGUUCCCCAUUUUGAUGUUUGCUAUUUUCUUUUACUAUAAAUCUAAUUAACAUAAAUUACCAUAAUGAAAUUAUAACCUAGACCAAUCCUCAUUACAUUGGUUUAUGAGACAUUUUUUUUCCUUUGGAGGCAAAUAUUUAUUUAAUUAUUAAUUAUAUUUUUACUUUGCUUUUAUUUCAUUGACCUCAUGAAUUAGAGCUCAUUGUUCCCCUCAAUUUUUGUCCUCUUCACCACAUAUAGUCCUGUGAGGUAGGUCAGUCUGAAAGAGGGUAAUUAGCCUAAGUCCACACAAUGAGUUUCACAGGGACUUGUAUUUCGAUUUACAACCUUGUACAACCCUUGAUCAAUUUCUUUAUGAGUAGAAUAUAUGUGCAAUAAACACAUAUAUAGAAAUUACUAACUAAUCUGAUAACAGUAAUUGCCUAGUAUAAUGAGCAGCAGUUAUUCCUUAAAAUUGAAAUUAAAACACUCAUUUUAAACAUGUACAUGGUGAAUAUUUCUAUUUGUAACUGUAAAAAUAUUUUUAAUAUGCUAUUUCCUAUUUUCUUGCAAAAAUGCAUGUGCUGAAAUGUUGAAAAAUAUAUUAAUUAUAUCACAUAAAUAAUAAUAAUAAUAAUAAUAAUAAUAAUAAUAAUAAUAAUAAUAAUAAAACUUUAUUUAUACCCCGCCACCAUCUCCCCAACGGGGACUCGGGGCGGCUUACAUGGGGCCAUGCCCAAAACCAUACAUUAUGACAAAAUAUAAAACAACAUAUCAUAACACAAUUUAACAAUACAAUAAAUAAUAACAUACAUUACAAUCCAAAAUUCAGAAAAAGCAAUAAAAACCAGGGCAGGCCACAUGAACACUAAAUAAAAGCUUGGUGAGAAAGACAUAUGAAUAAAACCACGGGGAGCAGGGACAUAAAAUAGUGGAACAGUCUAGAGGAUAGAUAUCCCAAGGGAAUAACCGAAGGAAAAUAUGACAGUUACUCUCCAAAGGCACAUACAAAAUUAAUUAUACAAUUGUCCUUCUAUUUUAGUGGGGGGUGGAGGUGCAGUUCCUCUGCAAAAGUAGAAAAACCACAAAUGUCUCAGGAUGGGCAGCAAAUGGGAUGCCACCACUCUGGUCUCUGGAGGAGGACAGUAUGCUGUACACAAGGCAUUAGACUCCAUUGGACUUUCAGACUAGAAACAGAGACUCUAUUAGACUCUUAGAACUGAGAGAUGUUUUAGAUUGUGGACUAUUGAUUCUAAGAAUGAUGCCCUGUGUUACCUACACAAAGAAUCUACAGUAGAGUCUCACUUAUCCAACAUUCGCUUAUCCAACGUUCUGGAUUAUCCAAUGCAUUUUUGUAGUCAAUGUUUUCAGUAUAUCGUGAUAUUUGGUGCUAAAUUUGUAAAUACAGUAAUUACAACAUAACAUUACUAUGUAUUGAACUACCUUUUCUGUCAAAUUUGUUGUACUUCAUGAUGUUUUGGUGCUUAAUUUGUAAAAUCAUAACCUAAUUUGGUGUUUAAUAGGCUUCUCCUUAAUCUCUCCUAAUUAUCCAACAUAUUCGUUUAUCCAACGUUCUGCCGGCCCGUUUAUGUUGGAUAAGUGAGACUCUACUGUACUUCAAAUCUACUUGUAACUGGAUUGAGAAGCAAAGUACCUAUAUUCUGAAAACAUGAAGUUUGUGAGUAAACCAGCUAUAUUAGUUUUAAAUAAGUCUUCUUAUUUUUGUCUCUUGAGAGCAUUAAGGUUUUAAGGGAGAGUAGAUGUUUUGGGGCAAUUAAAAAGAACACUUUCGAAACUCUGCUGAAUAUAAAUGUAUUUUUGUGCAUUGGCAUAUCUUUGUCCCUAACCGUUCAAAGACAUACCUAGGUACAUCAGUUUAACAGCUGAGAAACCUAGUUGCCUUGCAUGAAUGCUGGCGAAUGCCAUUUUCCCAAAAGGUUAUUACUCUAAAAUAGUGAUUUCCAAAGUGGGCGCUACCGCCCCCUGGUGUGUGCUGCAGCAAUCCAGGGGAGCGGUGAUGGCCACAGCUACAUAUAUCUUUCUGUUUAAUUGCUAUUAAAAAAAUUAAAAAAAUAAUUUCCAGGGCGCUGAGUAAUAUUUUUUUCUGGAAAGGGGGCAGUAGGCCAAAUAUGUUUGGAAACCACUGCUCUAAAACAUCAUGCUUUACUAAGAGGUUAUAGCAUAUUUUUCAAAAGAUUAUGACUUCUAACAAGGCCAUCCCUUUCCAAAUAUAAAAUCUCCAAAAAUGUUUUGGAGAUUUCCAUUUUCCAAAAUAGAAUGUCUCAAGGAAGACAUUCUGUAGCAGAGGAUGUUUGCCCUCCCUCCCACCUUUAGAAUAAACUCUUAAUAAGUGGUUGCUUGGGUGAGUCACACUCUCAAUCUCAAGUUAUGAUUGCUAGGCCACAGAGGAAGGUUGCAGACAACUCCUUCCUUUAAAAUAAUGCUUCAUGCAUUGUUGUCUGGAGUGAGUCACACUCUCUCAGCCCCAGAAAGGCACAGGCAAUUCCACUCAUUAAUUAUGUCAUCACAUACUGAGGCCUACAUUUUAUUGCGUGCCUCAUGUUGGGAGUUAGGCUCUUAUCAGAAUUCUAAAGGUGUCGGGUAAAUUUAGUCUCAUGCAUUUGAGGUUCAAACUUCUUAUCAUGCCUACUAAUGAAAUUAACUAGAAACUGAAAUGAGCAGUGUUCACAGUCUGACUUGCAUUUCUGUGUGUCCACCAAAGUUUAUCAAUGGAGUCUUAUUUCUGUCAAAGUGUAUUGCCACAGUUUUCAAGUGUUUCCAACAGCCGUUGUGAUAUUUGAUUUAAUUAAAUCUAUAUAAAAUAUAGAAUGAACCAUAUAAUUUAAAUUAUUUUGUGUUAUGGAACUACUCUUCAUGAUUCGCUAAAAAAAUUCAACCCCCCCCCCCCCCCACACACACACACACAGUUUUUUCUGGCUACAGCCCUGCUUGUUCUCUUACGUGUUUCACAUUUUUCUCCAUCAUCAUCGCUAAAUCUUCCUCAACAUUUAUUCAUUCUCAAUCAUGAUCUUUUCCAGUUUCCUCUAUUCUCUCUGUGUUCAUUUCUCUCAUCAUUUUCUUUCCCCACAUAUUCUUUUUCAUAUCUUUAUGGAUUUUCAUCAACACUCUCUUUUGUCUUCUCUCUUCUUUCUCUACAUGUCUUCUCCAUUCCUCCAUCUCCUGACUCCUCCUGAUUAUAAACUCUACAGUUUCCUCCCUGUUGUCUUUCUCCUAACAUUUUCCUCAUCUUUUCUCUUGUUUUGUCAAUCAUGCCCAAUCUCUUCCACUAUCUGCCAACCUUCCAUUCCUGUUCAUUCUGUCACAUGGUAGGCACUAACUCUAGUGAAACCACUCCAACUAUUCACACAAUGCAAUGUUCUGGGAUUGGUGGUAGAAGAAAAAGUGGUGUAUGUAAGGACAAUAUUAGAACGGAAAUACAUUGUCUCUUUAUCAUUUACAAGCUAAUGCCAUUCAAUUAUGUGGAAUAAUUUUGUGGGGGAAAGUACUUCAUGUAUUGAACUACAUUUUUAAAUGUAACCCUUAACUUAUUAAAAUCCUUUUCUAUGAUAUCUGCCUUGGAGACAAUAAAAAGCACAUGCUUCAGGUAACAUGUAAAUCAUUAAAAUUGAAAACUAAUCUUGUGACACAGAUAUUUAUUUGUAAGUAGUUAUGACUCAUUUAUAAUUGGGAAUAGUAGAGAAUAUUUUCUUUGUCAAAUCCUUCAAGAUUAACACCUGCCCUUUCAUAAGAUCUCGUUGCUGGCUCUUUGAAGCAGUUUCCUCCAAAACCUCUACAGUGAGAUACCUUACAAAACUGAAUUAUUUCAGCAGUACCAUUUUGCAUAUUAUACAAGAAAGCAUGAGUAGCAUUUUGAAAGGAUUUUAUGAAAUGCUGAAUUGAUGAAAUGUCAUAAAGAUCAGACAAUUAUUCAUGCCUUGAAAAUGUGUUAGGAGGUGAAAAUAGAUUCGAAGUUUCUUCAAAAUGUACCAGGCUGCAUCUGCUCUGUGCCUCUAGAAUGAUCAAGUGAUGACAAGCAAACAAAUAGGUGAGAAAAAACCAAGUUUACUACUUUCUUUUCCCCUGAAAGUAUGUGUACAAAAUCACAACUGUCCAUGAUGUGUCAAUUUAAUGUGUAGAAGACAAGGAGAGGAGAUGAAAAAUAGCGAUUCAUACAGAGAUGGUUAUGAAGGAGAAAAUUCGAUAUUCCAAACCUAACACUGGAUAUUAUUACACAGGAUCAAAAGAUUUAUAUGAGCAGCAUACAGUGAAUAAGGUCUCUUUAAAAGAAUAUCAUCUUAAAACAGGAGAAUGAUGAUCCUUUUACGUUUGAUAGUUUUUCUAUGGCUAACAAGCAUUGCUACAAGCAAAAGGAAUUCCAAGCUCAACAUUAUUCUAUUCAUGGCUGAUGACCUUGGCAUUGGAGACUUGGGAUGUUAUGGAAAUACAACUCUAAGAACUCCCAAUAUCGACACGUUAGCUAAAAGAGGAGUAAAGCUGACUCAACAUAUAGCUGCCGCACCACUCUGCACACCCAGCAGAGCAGCUUUCUUGACAGGACGGUAUCCUAUCAGAUCAGGAAUGGCUAGUUUACAUCGUGUUGGAGUAUUCUUAUUUUCUGCCUCUUCUGGUGGACUGCCUACUGAAGAAAUAACAUUUGCAACACUCCUCCAACAAAAGGGUUACACCACAGCUCUUAUAGGCAAAUGGCAUCUUGGAAUUAACUGUCACAGUCAUGAUGACUACUGCCACCACCCACUAAAUCAUGGCUUUAAUUAUUUCUAUGGAAUCCCUGUGAACAAUAUCAGAGACUGCAAACCUGAGCAUGGAAGUGUUUUUCAAAGGGGGAUUAAAAUGUACCUUCCUACAAUGCUACAGAUCACUUGGAUUGCUCUAAUCUCCUUGGCAGUUUUACAUUAUAUUGGUCUUCUCCGAAUUUCUCACAGAGCGCUGGGCUUCUUCUUCUUAAUGGCUGCAGUGUUAAUUGGAAUCUUGCUGUUCUUCUUUUAUAACUUUCGAUAUCUGAAUUGCUUCUUGAUGAGAAAUCACAGUAUUAUCCAGCAACCCUGGCGUUAUGAGAACCUCACUCAAAGACUUACAGAAGAAGCCAAAAGAUUUAUCAGAAGGAAUACUGAUGCACCAUUUCUACUUUUCCUUUCUUACCCUCAAGUGCACACAGCUCUGUUUGCUUCUCAGUCUUUCAGAGGAAAAAGCAAACAUGGUUUAUAUGGGGAUGCUGUAGAAGAGAUGGACUGGAGCAUAGGGCAGGUUCUUCAGACUUUAGAUCAAUUGAACCUAAGCAUGCAGACACUUGUGUACUUUACCUCUGAUCAAGGGGCACAUAUCGAAGAAAUUUCAAGCAGUGGAGAAGUCCAUGGUGGCUAUAAUGGAAUAUAUAAAGGUGGAAAGUCUACAAAUUGGGAAGGAGGGAUUCGGAUCCCUGGUCUUCUCCAUUGGCCUGGAGUGUUAAAACCAGAUACAAGUAUUGAUGAACCAACAAGUAAUAUGGAUAUAUUCCCCACCAUAGUUAAACUUGCUGGGGCCCAACAACCUACUGACAGAAUUAUUGAUGGACAUGAUCUGAUGCCCUUGCUUCAAGGCACAGCUCUCCACUCGAAACAUGAGUUUCUCUUCCAUUACUGUAAUGCAUAUUUAAAUGCAGUACGCUGGCAUCCAAGAAACAGUACAUCUAUUUGGAAGGCAUUAUUCUUCACUCCCAAAUUCAGUCCUGAAGGUGCUAAUGGCUGCUUUGAGUCUCAUGUUUGCUUUUGCCAUGGGAAUUUUGUCAACUACCAUGACCCGCCAUUGCUUUUUGAUCUUUCUAAGGACCCAGAAGAAAAACAUCCACUAACAACAGAAACAGAGAUUCACUUUGAUGAGAUUCUUCAUGCCAUCCAACAAGCAGUAGCCAAUCACACCCAGUCAUUGGCUACUGUUUCCAACCAGCUUUCACUAAAAAAUAUCAUUUGGAAACCUUGGCUUCAGCCAUGUUGCUCUUCCUUCCUCAAGUUCUGUUAUUGCAAUCAUGAGUCACAAGAAAACAAAGACUUGCCUGCAGCAUGACAUUACUAAUGUAAAAAUCACCCAAAUGCUUUAGGAAUAAACAAACAAACAAAAACAAAAAACAGGAGAGAAAACUUUGAAAAGUUUGACAAAGGCUGUUGUGAAGAAAUGACCUUUCCUGAACUUUUAUACCUCUCUUGUUCAAAUGGUAACAAUAGUAUAAGGAGACGUUGAAUGUGAGAAAAUAUCCCUUUAUCCCUUGAAAAUCCCAUCAACAGGCUGUGAAAGUGUCAGAAAAGUUUUACAGAAGAGCUGAUGGAAGUUUAUACUUUUUUAGGAACUAGCACAACUUACUAGAAAAGCAAAAGCCAAUAAAAAGGUAAAGAUAAAGGUUUCCCCUGAUAUUAAGUCCAGUCGUGACCGACUCUGGGUGUUGGUGCUCAUCUCCAUUUCUAAGCCGAAGAGCCGGCGUUGUCCAUAGACAUCUCCAGGUCAUGUGGCCGGCAUGACUGCAUGGAGUGCCGUUAGUGCUUACUUAAUCUUAGUGGAGGUAGCCACCUCCAACAGGGCUUUAGCCGGGGGGAGGGGGGGGCUAGGAGUUCAACCCCCCUCAUUUUUUUAGUUUUUUUUUUAACCUGGUUUACUCAUGAAUUUUAACUGGUUAACCAAAGCCCCAUGAGUGUCCAUUGAAGUUUAUCUGUUUUGAAUGUCCACUAAAGUUUAUCAAUACAGCCUGAUUUCUAAAUUAUUUUGCAUUAUGGAACUACUCUUCAUGAUUCGCUAAAAAAAAGUUUCAACCCCCCUCCCCCCCCCAAAAAAUUUUUUUUUCUGGCUAUGGCCCUAACUCCCACAUUCAUAAAUCAUGUAAAAUUAACUAGUCAGGGUGGCAGGGUGGUGGUGGCAGUAGAUGAUACCAGAAAAGAUAUGACUAUUAAUCAUGGGAUUUGAGAAUAGGUAUCCCAUCUCACAUAGAAUGCUUAUUUGAUUAAUGUUAUGCUUGACUCAGAAAACAGAGACAAAUCCAGUAAGUAUUUAUCUACUAUUUUAUAUUUACUAUUUUAAAAGUAAUUUUAUAUUUGCUACUCAAUAAUAAAUAAAAUAGAUCCUUCUAAUUAUUUUUAAGAAUGCUCCAAGUUGCUGGCUAAUGUCACAAAACACAUGUAAACAAUGAAGCUGCAUACCUAUAGUGCCCACAAGACACUCACUACAUAAAGAGUGUUGGUCCUCUAUUAAAUUACAGUUGUGGUGAGAUUUAGUUAUUGCAUAGAGACAUAAAACCAUAAAUUUUUGUGAUUUGUCAUAUAGAAGAUGUGGACUAGUGUCCUUCUGCCUUCGUAAGUUUUUUUCCCCUUCAGUUGUUCAGCCAUGUUUUGCUAACAAUUAUGUAGCAUUGUUCCUAGUGUGGCACUUUGAGGAAGAACAGCGUUCCUCCUGACCAUAGGCUGCAAUUGCUUGGCAGCUUCUUGGAGUGACUAGAAAUGUUUAAGGGGAUUAGAAAGUUUCUCCUAAUCUGAAAGUUUAUACACUUUUGUCAGGUUUUCUGGGGAGAAAUACUGAGUGGUUAUGGUGAAGUUGGGGCUAGAGGCCUUUGUUCUGUUAUUCCUUACAUUUAUUGAAUGCAUGGGUUUCAAAGGUGUCUUGGGCACACCCAGUGACAGAAAUCUGCCUUUCAGAAGGGAGAUUCACUCCUGAAAGAGUUAUCAUGGGGAAAAGGGGUCUCAACUGAAGCUUUAUCGCCAAUCCUUGUUUCCACAACAAGCCAAUUUUUUCAAAAUCCAAAUAGCUAGCUAACUAGCUAGAUGACUGGAGUUACACUUAAAAUUGUACCUGUUCUGUUUUACAAACAAAUUAAACUUAAUAACAAACCUACAGAAUCUAUCUUGUUCGUAACUUGAGGACUGCCUGUACUUGGAGUUUACUUCCAGAUCCAUAUCUUCGUGGCUGUGGCCUUUGUUAAAUGGAGAAUAUGCUGAACUGUAAUCAAUGUCAUUGUUCACUUGGCCAUAAAUAAAUCCAAGGUUAAUAAAUAAGUCCUAAUGAAGCUUAUGCAUAAAACUGCUAAUUUGUCAAGGUUAAUAUUAUUGGUAUCAUCAUGUCCUGAGAGUAAUAAUGUACUGAGAGUGGUAGUACUAAUGAAGCCCUUGGCGGUGUCUGGCUGAGCUCUCCCUAUCUAUUUAUAAAGAAAUAGGGCAGACAGAUAGGUCUCUGGUUGCUACUGAAGAAACUGUUCUGAUGCAAGAUUACAGCAGGAACGAAAGGGCUAAGAAAGAGGGAGGCAAAUGCAUCUGAAAGCAAUUCUGUAAGAGAGCAGGGAGAAAGGAAGUUUGAUAGAUCUGUGAAGGAAAAUGAAAGCAAGAGCAAAGGAACAUAGGGAGGUAUCUUGGCCCAUCUACUUUAGCAUUGUCUCCAUUGUUCUGCUGUAGCUCUCUCUGAUUUCAGUGGAACUUUCCUGCAGACCUCUCUGAAAAUGCUAGCUAUUGAAGGUGCAUAUAAAUCAGGUGCUCAGCUGUCAGAGAUAGAAUUCUGGGGAAACAAAAGAAAAACUGAGAGAGAAUGGCUUGAAAAGAAAGCUCAAUUUUGCUAGCAACUCAAGAUACAUAAAGGUAUCCAUUUUAAAAUUAAUGAAAUCUUUGAUGGCCAUCUUCUAGCAAACAUUCCAAGGUGGAUCCAUAUUCAUCCCAGAAAUUAUUCUGCCUUUCUUCAGUAUUGCUCAGUAUACAUCCUUGUUUUAGCAUUGUUAUUUCAGUUACAAUACAGACGGGAUCAAAUAGUAAUAACAAUAACAGCAUUGUUGGUAUCACAAAGCAAUUCUCUGAUAACCAAUAUCAACCAUUUAUAUUGUGGCUGGACAAUAGAUGGUCAUUCAACUUGGUUUUCCAUAUGCUUUAUUUUGUCACAGGAUACACAUAAUACAUUUAGCCAAGAUGUUUGUUUACUCUUGUUGCCAGACUUGUAAGUACUUUCAUGCUGCUAUCUCUGAAUAAAUGCAUUUGGAAUUUAAAA